AUGGCUUGGGGAAAGCAAAAGUUGCAGACCCCGCCGUCGACAAUCAGGUCAGCCUCGCCUCGUCUAACUGAAUUGCUUCCUCCCCGCUUUUGGAAAUGGCCUAACACCAGUCUUAGGCAACUUCUACCCCUCAUCAUCACCAUCGUCGUCCUGAGUGUGGUGGCUUGGGUCUGCUACCAGAUCUACCUAUCCUUCGGCAAGAUCAAGACACAGGCUCGCAAGCAGAUGGGCGAGAACGUGUCCUUCACGAAAGACGGUAUGCGAGUCAAAGUCCACGGCAUUGGGGCUGAAUCGUACCUGGACAAGACCCAGAGCUGGGUCGUGAAGGCAUGGGAAUUGGGUUCUGGCUCGAGUCCUAAUGAGAAUGACGAGGCUGCAAGGCGGAAGAGGAAUGUCUUGACGAAGCCGAAGCCGGAGGAGGGCCAUCACUAA